AUGAAGAUAAGCUGCUACCCUCCAUUAAGAACCAUGCUCUGGGUUCUAUGCAUCAUAUCGAUGUCCGUGUUCUACAUGAUAUGUGGCUGCAUCGUUGAGGAGAGAAUUGCUCUCAUACACAUCCGAUCUACGUUGGAGGAAAGGUAUAGUGUUCCUGCUUCUUGGAAACAAAGAGAUAACUGCUGCUCAUGGGAAAGAGUCCGAUGCAACAACAGCACAAGAGUGUUAGAUCUCAACUUCUCGAAACUCAAGCUGAACUCAACCACCGGAGGUGGAUGUUGGAAUCUGGACAUGGCGAUUUUUUCUGCAUUUCAUGAGCUCCAGCUGCUGGAUUUGUCUUACAAUAAGGCUUGUUUACAAAGUUUUGAUGGUCUUCAGGGGUUAACUAAGCUUCGUUAUCUCAACCUCAGUGACAACAACUUGAUGGGGAGUGUUGAUGUCUUCAGAUAUCUCGGCAAGUUGGUUUCUCUUGAAGUCAUAAAUCUUGACAGCAACAGCAUGAGUGGUGCUCUUCAGGAUACAGAUUUCAGAAACUUGAAGAACUUGAGACAAUUGCAUUUAAGAUCCAAUCAAUUGAAUGGAAGCAUCCCGGGUUCCUUAUUUGAGCUCCCACUACUUGAAUACUUGGAUCUUUCAAGAAACCUCCUUCAAGGACACAUACCUAUAACUUCAGUUUCGAAUAUGUCUUCGUCACUUCAGACUCUCAAGUUAUCAGAUAAUUAUCUAAAUGGGACGUUUGAUUUCUUCUGGCUAAGAAGCUGUACUAUGCUCAACACAAUAAGCUUGAGCCGGAACCCCAAUUUGGCUAUUGAUGUGAAGUUCCAUGGACAAAUGCCUCUAUUUCAACUUAGAGCACUCAUGUUAUCUGGCUGUGACCUUGACAACAGCAUCAUCACAGGACCAAAUUUCCUUGCCACACAGCGUCAUCUGGAAAUUCUUGAUUUGUCUAACAACAACUUGUCCGGAAACAUCUCCAAUUGGAUCUUUACAGAUGCAACAACGUUAACUUAUCUGGAUAUUGCAAGAAACUCACUCGUUGGAUCAUUGGGUUCAAUGUGGCAGCAUAAAUCUGUACUCCGAGUCAUCAAUAUAUCUAUGAACUGUUUCAGUGGGCAGCUGCCAGCCAAUAUCAGCUUAGUGUUUCCGAAUCUAGUUGUUUUAGAUGCUUCUCAUAACUUCAUUAAUGGAAGUAUACCACCAUCACUAUGUGACAUCACUAGGAUGGAAAUUUUAGACCUGUCGAACAACAAACUUUCAGGAGAAGUGCCAAGCUGCUUGUUCACCAACUAUCCCCCACAAGUAUUGAAACUGUCCAGCAAUAAUCUUGGGGGUCUGAUAUUUGGAGGGGCUAGCAAUUUGUCUAUUGACAGCAAUAAUUUCGAAGGAACUCUCUCUAGCAAUCUGUCGGGUAAUCUGAAUGUUCUUGAUCUGCAUGAUAACAAAUUGUCAGGCCAACUCAGUGCUUCAUUUUGGCACCUUUCUUCAUUGCAAGUUUUGAAUGUUGCUAGCAAUAGAUUAACUGGUGAAAUUGACCCUGCUAUUUGCAAAUUAACUAAUAUGCAACUUCUGGAUAUGUCAGCCAACUUCUUCUCAGGGUCUACACCAAACUGUAUCGGCACAUUACCACUUACUUUUCUGAACUUGUCUCAGAACUCGCUGUCAGGUUACCCGAGUUAUUUUCUCAAUAGCUCCUAUAUUGCAGCUCUGGAUCUAAGAUAUAAUCAGUAUGAGGGAGAUCUUGACUGGGUACCGUCUCUUCGUUGGAUAAAGUUACUUUUGUUAGGUGGAAAUAGGUUUGAGGGGUGGAUCUCUGCAGAUCUCUGUCAUCUCCGACAUUUGAAUAUAAUUGACUUCUCACACAACAAACUAUUGGGUUCAUUGCCACCAUGUAUUGGUGACAUUUCAUUUGGACGUGGUCCAUACGACACACAAGCUCUGUUCUCAAUCUACGAUUCAAUAGCCAAUCUGGACGAGUUGGCUAAUAUAGAUGAUCCAUCAUUUAUGUUUAUUACCAGUCAGUAUAGUAUCAGCUUCACAUUCUCCACUAAAGGGAGUGUCCGUGUAUAUAGUUCAGGUUUUCUCGAUCAUAUGUUUGGCAUUGAUCUUUCUGCAAACAUGUUAUCAGGAGAAAUUCCUUUAGAGAUAGGAAACUUGAGUAACAUCAAGUCCCUGAAUUUGUCGAACAAUUUUUUUACCGGACAAAUCCCAGCCACCAUUGCAAACAUGAGUGCAAUUGAAAGCCUGGACUUGUCCCACAAUGGUUUGAGUGGAGAAAUACCAUGUGAGUUAACUCAGUUGUGUUCACUGGAGGUAUUCUCAGUGUCGUACAACAACCUGUCAGGAUGCAUGCCAUGGUCAGGUCAGUUUAGCACAUUCAGCACGGAGAGUUACAUCGGCAACAUCAACCUUCACAAUUUAUCCAAGGGGGGUAUGUGCGUCUCCGAUUCCAGCCCGGUAAAAGAGGAAGAUGUGGGCGCAUCAGAUCAGGAGGAUCCGGUGCUUUACACGAUAAGCGCAACAUCAUUUGUGUUGGCGUUCUUUGCCACUGUUUCAGUAUUGUUACCUGUAAUUCUACAACAGUAA